CUUUUAUGGUAAAAGCCGCCCGGAAGUAGCAUUUCGGAGAAGAAAACCUAAACGGCCAAGUUGGAAGGGCACCUGGGCUUUCUCGAGGCUACCUGAGCCAUGGCGGGCACGGCGCUCAAGCGCUUAAUGGCGGAGUACAAGCAGUUGACUUUGAAUCCUCCUGAAGGCAUUGUAGCAGGGCCUAUGAAUGAAGAAAAUUUCUUUGAGUGGGAAGCUUUGAUAAUGGGUCCAGAAGACACGUGCUUUGAAUAUGGAGUUUUUCCUGCUAUUCUGAGUUUUCCUCUUGAUUAUCCUUUAAGUCCUCCAAAGAUGAGGUUCACAUGUGAAAUGUUCCACCCUAACAUUUAUCCGGAUGGGAGAGUUUGCAUUUCCAUUCUUCAUGCCCCUGGAGAUGAUCCAAUGGGCUAUGAGAGCAGUGCCGAACGAUGGAGUCCUGUGCAAAGUGUGGAGAAGAUCCUCUUGUCAGUGGUUAGCAUGUUAGCAGAACCAAAUGAUGAAAGUGGAGCCAAUGUGGAUGCUUCUAAAAUGUGGCGAGAAGACAGAGAACAGUUCAACAAAAUAGCCAAACAAAUUGUCCAGAAAUCACUUGGUCUUUAAAAAAAAACCAAACAAAACAUCUGAAACUCUUGACAAUCUUCUUGUUGAACAUUUUAUAGACAGAGGCUGAUAGUAGAACUCUGAAUUGGUACCAAAAAACAAAUCUUGCAAAGCUGUUCAUGAAUUUUUGCUCCUCCCUGUAUAUAAGCAUGCAUCAAUCUUUUUACAGUUUGAAAGAAAAAUCUCAAUUUAAGACAUACCAAUAGAUGGGAUGCAAGUACAGUGGAGCUGUAAUCAGUUUCUAUUAGUAAAAACUUCUUAAGUCUCUGCAGUUGUAUCUGUAAUAUCAUAUUGCCUUUCAUCACAGUACUAUUCAUCUGUGUGGCUAAUAGGCUUGAGAUGAUCUGUGAAUAUCUUAUUAUUUAGAAAAGUAUUGAAAUAUUGUUAGUGGAAGCUAUUUGUCGCCAAUGAGAAUUAUCCUUUUAAGGAUUCUUAUUUAUAUAAUCUCAUUUAAUUUUAAAAAAGGAAUGUUGACCAUCAAAAUGUUACACAAUAAGCUGGACUAUCUUUGUCCUGAGGAAGAAGUGGUCAGUAUAAUCUUAGUUUCUAUUAUAGCACUCUGCUUGUCUAAAUUAAAAACAUUUUAUGUGAUUGGACAUGAAGAUAUUCAAAAGGAAUAUAGUUCCUUCUGAAACAGAAAUUGAACUUGAUAUAACUCCUAUAAGCUCAGGGUUAGUUGGACAGUCAUUCAUAAAAUAAUAUUUGAUUUCUCUGAUUGGAAACCCCACCCAUGAUAUUUAUAAGAAAUAAUAAAGUAAUGUAUGGCAGAAGAGCAUUCUUCUUCCAAGCUAAUCUCUAAUAUAAAUACUUAAUUUUUAAACCUAAUAUUGUCUACUCAGCAAUUCUAAUGGAAUUAGGAUGACCAUGAUUUAGUAUGAACUUUGCUGAAGGAAUAUUUGACUUCUAAUAUCAUUCUUGUAAUUUCCCGAGGGUAAAAUUAAAGGGAAUACACACACAUUCACAAUUCCUCUAUUCAUUAAUUUAGUUGGGCAGCACUAAGGAACAAGUUUUUAAAGGAUAUUUCAUAUGCAUUGCAGAAAUCCAUCACAUUAAGAAGAUGCCAAUUGCCCUAUAUCUCUUAUUUUAUUAUGUAGUUCACAUAUAUUAGGUAAGGAAUAUCUUUAACAACUAAAUUAGCCUUAAACUAUAUUUAAAUGUUUCAGUUCAAUCAAAUCAUCAUUUAAAUCAAUGUUUUAUAGAUUUGCAAUCUGUGAAGGAUUGAUUCAAUAAAAUAUCUUUUUGGAAUU